UGAAUUCCAAAUUUCAUUAUAAACGUCGGCUCCAUGAGAAUAAAGAUUUGACGAUGGCCGUCCACGAGGCGUUUGAACGAUUGUUCCCAGAAUCAACAGCGCAAGCAGAUUUCGGUAACCAGUUGCUGCGGUUUAGGGAUGCAAGGGGUACGUUCUCAUCCGCACUAGCAAAAGCAUCGACUGAAACGAUGAUGCCAUGUGAGUGGUGGGCGAUGUAUAGAGUCGACACGCCCGCACUGCAAUUAUUGGCAGUCCGUGUUCUCGCACAGACUGUAUCCUCCUCACCGUGUGAGAGGAACUGGAGCACAUGGUCACUCAUACACACCAGCAAGAGGAACAGACUAGCAUAUGAGAAGCUACAAAAGCUCGUUUACUGCCAUUACAAUAUGAAGUUAAGAGAGAGGCAGUUGCGGGUAGACCGAGACAUGGAAGAAAAUCAAGACCCGUUAGACCUGUUGUCUAUAGGUAACAUGACACAGAUAGGUGAUGAUGAUGAGGACCCACUUUAUGAGUAGGUCAAAUCAGCUGAUUUAGAUGAUGCAGAGGGAGGCCCUGCUCCACAGGUAGCCGAGGGAGCAGCGGCUCUGGAUAUCGAUGUUGAUCAGGUAGUAGAGGAACAAAAGGCGGAUACAGACUCCUUUGAUCCUUUGGUGAGGAGUUCGGCAUGUUCCAAUCAGGGUGAGGAAGCAUCUUCACGGCCUCCUCCUCAUCAUCAAGUUGUAGUGAGUGAUGAUGAUGAUGAGACUCAACCCCCACUUGACACUGGUCCUGGGGACGAUGACGACGAUGAUGAUGGUGAUGAAGGAGGGGACGGAGGCAC